GUCGGGUGGGUCGGCGGCUAUAAAGCUGGUAGCGGAGGGGAGGCGCCGCGUACGGUCUUUCGCGGCUUGGUCUUUUCCUGUGGUCACUACCCGGUCACAUUUGGUGCCCAGCAGAGGAAACAGUGACAGACCUGGAGGCUGCAGUUCUCUGUCCUUCACACAGCUCUUUCACCAUGCCUGGGUCACUUCCUUUGAAUGCAGAAGCUUGUUGGCCAAAAGAUGUGGGAAUUGUUGCCCUUGAGAUCUAUUUUCCUUCUCAAUAUGUUGAUCAAGCAGAGUUGGAAAAAUAUGAUGGUGUAGAUGCUGGAAAGUAUACCAUUGGCUUGGGCCAGGCCAGGAUGGGCUUCUGCACAGAUCGAGAAGAUAUCAACUCUCUUUGCCUAACUGUGGUUCAGAAUCUAAUGGAGAGAAAUAACCUUUCUUAUGAUUGCAUUGGACGGUUAGAAGUUGGAACAGAGACAAUCAUUGAUAAAUCAAAGUCAGUGAAGACUAAUUUGAUGCAGCUAUUUGAGGAGUCUGGGAAUACAGAUAUAGAAGGAAUAGAUACAACUAAUGCGUGCUAUGGAGGCACAGCUGCUGUCUUCAAUGCUGUUAACUGGAUUGAGUCCAGCUCUUGGGAUGGACGGUAUGCCCUGGUAGUUGCAGGAGAUAUUGCUAUAUAUGCCACAGGAAAUGCCAGACCUACAGGUGGAGUUGGAGCUGUGGCUUUGCUGAUUGGGCCAAAUGCUCCUUUAAUUUUUGACCGAGGGCUUCGUGGAACACAUAUGCAACAUGCCUAUGAUUUUUACAAGCCCGAUAUGGUCUCUGAAUAUCCUAUAGUUGAUGGAAAACUCUCCAUACAAUGCUACCUCAGUGCAUUAGACCGCUGUUAUUCUGUCUACCGCAAAAAGAUCCGUGCUCAGUGGCAGAAAGAGGGAAAUGAUAAAGAUUUUACCUUAAAUGAUUUUGGCUUCAUGAUCUUUCACUCACCAUAUUGUAAACUGGUUCAGAAAUCUCUAGCUCGGAUGAUGCUGAAUGACUUCCUUAAUGACCAGAACAGAGAUAAAAAUACUAUCUACAGUGGCCUGGAAGCUUUCGGGGAUGUUAAAUUAGAAGAUACUUACUUUGACAGAGAUGUGGAAAAGGCAUUUAUGAAGGCUAGUUCUGAACUCUUUAAUCAGAAAACAAAGGCAUCUUUGCUGGUAUCAAAUCAAAAUGGAAAUAUGUAUACAUCCUCAGUAUAUGGUUCCCUUGCUUCUGUUCUAGCCCAGUACUCUCCUCAGCAAUUGGCAGGGAAGAGGAUAGGAGUGUUCUCUUAUGGUUCUGGUUUGGCUGCCACCUUGUACUCUCUUAAAGUUACACAAGAUGCCACACCAGGGUCUGCUCUUGAUAAAAUAACAGCAAGUUUGUGUGAUCUUAAAUCAAGGCUUGACUCAAGAACUUGUGUAGCACCAGAUGUCUUUGCUGAAAACAUGAAGCUCAGAGAGGACACUCAUCACUUGGCCAACUAUAUACCUCAGUGUUCAAUAGAUUCACUCUUUGAAGGAACAUGGUACCUAGUUAGAGUGGAUGAAAAGCAUAGAAGAACGUACGCUCGUCGCCCCUCUCCAAAUGAUGACACUUUGGGUGAAGGAGUAGGACUUGUGCAUUCAGAUACAGCAACUGAGCAUAUUCCAAGCCCUGCUAAGAAAGUGCCAAGGCUCCCUGCAUCAGCAGCAGAACCCGAAGUAGCUGUCAUUAGUAAUGGGGAACAUUAAGAUACUCCGUGAACUGCGAGACUUCACAGUGUGUUUGGGUUGGGGUGGGGAUAGGGGAAUGGUUGGAGGAAGGGAAUGUCUGGGGACAAUUUUAAAGAAUUACACAUUGCUUAAAUUUUUAUGUGACUGACACAGAGCCUAGCAAACUGUUGUGCUCUUGGACAAGUCUAUCUGCCCAAUUUGCUAACAUGCUUCCUGUUGUGGUCUAGCCAAUGCUAAAUGUACUCGAAUGAUGUUAAGGGCUCUGUAAACUUUAUACCUCUCUGGCCAUUUAUAUGCAUGAAAUUUAGUUUUUAAAUGUAGUGUGAAUCCUGUGCUUCUGUUAGAGGAAAGCAGAGGUACUAGUCUCCAAUUUAAUUUUUUUUUUAAUGUGUAAGAAUUUUAUACUUUGAACAACAAGAUUAUUGAAAGUACCUGUGGUUUUUGAAAAUUUUUUCUAGCUUGGGGAAUGUGGUCUUAAAAUGUGAUAUGCACAAAUACUCUUUGAAAAUGGCAAGACAAACAUUCUUUUUCUCAGAUUUAUAAAUCCUAGAGAGGCAGAAAAGAGUUAGGACAGUAACACUGGUUCUGGAAUAUUAUCCAGACCAACAGUGACAAAGUUAUUGUGAUGAUCUCUGAACAGAGAGACACUAGCAUUGAGCAGGUUUCUGGCAUAAAAAGCAUGGUCUGUUUGGGAGCUGUCAUGAUAGCUGCAGGAGCUGAGUGCUCCUGAUCAGUUCAUGGUGGACUGUGCUCAGCAACAUCGAGAUGUUAUUGGAGGUGUAUAUGAGGAAGCUUUUUGUUGCAAUCCUUCUUUGCACCUUAUUUUAAAAGAUACAUAAAACAUUUCUUUGAUGCCUUUUUAAAAUUUUAAACUGGAAGGAUGGAGCAGGGCAUUAUUAGGCUACUUAUGUUUCAGUGUUACAAAUUCAAUUUCUAGACUGACAGAUUUGUGGUAUGAGUUCUUUUUGUUUUGUGUGUGUGUUUGUGUGGGUCUUUGUUUUUGUAUCUGUUCGAUGAAAAUAAGAAGGUACAACCUAAGUUUUUACAUAGUCUGACUAGCCAAAAAGAGUAUUCCACUUCAAGGUCUGGAAGUAGGGUUUAUAAAGCUUUUUCUUGGACAUUCACCUUUAAAAAACAACAAAAAACUAUCACAUGGAAUGAAAGAGAUUGGUUAGAAAGUUUUAUAGAUGUUUUUGGUGCUGAACUAUGACAUGAGCCUUAUAGAUUGUAAAAUAGAGAUAGUUGGAACUAAUGUACAGAACUAAAUUUUUAAAACUUUAUUUACCAUUAAAUUCUGUGAAGUUUCAGUUAUCGAAAAUAAACAAAUACAAAAUGUAAUGUUUCAGAUUGCAAGCUAAUAUGUAAUGUAGUGUUUGUAAGAUACUCUUGUCUAAUAUUAUUAACUAGUGGUAUUUUGAUUUGUACAGUCAUAAUUUGUUAAAAUGACUUCAUUUUAACAUCCACUGAUGUAGAUUAAUAAUGUAAGCUCAGAUUUAAAAGAAUGGUGGGAAAAUGGUGCAUGUAAUACUUUUCCAAGUUUUGGGAGUUCAGUAUGUCGAAAAGAGUAAUUUAAUGUUUGAUUGCCAAGAAAUGGGUUUUCUCAAAGUCCAUUGCCGGCAAUGGGCAAGCCUGGUAAUACUGGCACAGAGCAUUAACCAUAAACCUUAUUGAUGGUAAGGUGAAUAACUUUGAAAUAAAGUUUUAGAGAAACAUUUUA